AUGGCGUCAUCAUGGUCCGCCGCACAGGCAGAUAGACAGGAAGUGACGCAGUUCCUACUCGCGACUCGUGGGCGGAGUGACCGCAGACAGGAAGUGACGAGUUUGACGACGACCAUCGCAAACGGACUGGUUUCGUAUAAUAACAUGAGUGAAUAUGUUGCCAAGUCUCAAGCUAACCCUGGAAAUGAAAUAGAUGCGAGUGAUGGAGCUGUUACACAGCCUAAUAAUGGAAAGGAGAUAAUUAAGGGUGAUGAAGACGAAUCCCAAUUGCAAGCCAACAGUGAACAGGACACAGCUAAUAUUGAUGCAGACAUUGUGCAACCUCAAGCUAAAACUGCGACAGACGUGGCCAAGAAUGACCAGAGCCCAGCCCUACCUCGAGGUAACAUCGAAAUGCACACAGCAAAGGGUGCUGCAAGUAAAGUCCAACUUCAAGUGAACAGUGAAACAACUACGAGUGAAGCUAACAGUGGAAUGGUUAUAACUAAGAGCGACUCGGACAAAACCCAACCAGAAUCUAAUAGUGGAACAGACGUAACUAAAAUAGACUUGGGUAAAGCUCAAGCUAACAGUGAAAUGCACAUAAUUAAGGGUGACCCAUGGAAAGCUCGCUUUCUAGCUAAUAGUGGAAUGCAUGUGGCUAAAAGUGACCCAGGCAAAACCCAGCCUAAAGCUAGCACGAGAACUGUUCUGGCUCUGGGGGAUGAAGAUAAAGCCCACUCUGAAGCUAAUAGUGGAAUGGGUGCAGCUAAGAAUGAUGCCCACCAUGAAGUCAGCAGUGAAAUAAAUGUUGCUGAGAGUGAUUUACACAAAGCCCAAUCUCAAACGUGCCCUGGAAUGGAUGGAGCAAAGAGUGAUAUAGCCCAGCCUCACGCUAACAUUGGAAUGGACAUAGUCCUGAGUGACACAGACAAUGGCCAAGCCAACUGUGGAAUGGAUGUAGCUAAGAUUGGCGCAAGCAAAGUCCAAUCUCAAACCAACACUGAAAUAAACAUAGCUAAGUGUGCCAUACACAUAAAUCAACUUAAAGUUAACCCAGGCAAAACCCAAUCUCAGGGUAACAAAGAAGUGGGCAUACCUAAGAGUGAUGGAAGUAUAGCCCCACCUCAAGCAAGCAGUGAAACAGAGGUGACUAAGAGUGACUUCAGCUAUGCACAAACUGAAGCUAAUGGUGGACUAGAUAUAGCUAAAAGUGGUUCAGACAAAACUCCAGCUCAUAGUGGAAGGAACACAGAGAGUGAUAAAUGCAAAGCCCAUUCUCAAACGAGCUGUGUAACAGAUAUAGUUAAGAGUGAUGGAGUCAUAGCUCAAACAAGCAGAGAAAUGCAUAUAUUUAAGAGUGAUGCUGGCAAAGCCAAACCCCAAGCUAACAGUAAAACUGAUCUAUUUGAGAGUGACUCUGGUAUAACUCAACCUCAGGCUAUCAGUGGAGUUGGUAUGGCUGAAAGUGACUCAGGCAAAAUCCAACUUCAAGCAAACAGUGAAAUAGAUGUCAGCGAGGGUGAUUUGGGUACAGCUGAAGUUAAUGGAAAGGAAGUAAUUAAGAGUGAUGGAGACAAAUAUCAACCUAUCAGUGGAAUGAAUAUAGCAGAGAGGGCCUCGGGCAAAAUCCAAUGUGAAAGAAGCAAUGAAGCAGAGUUACCUAAGGAGGGUGAUAGUCAAUUACCAACUUACUGUGGAAUGGAGAUAGCUAAUAGCUCCAGCUUAACCAAAUCUCAAGUUGCUGAAGGUGAAAAGGAUGUUCUAAACAAUUAUGCAGGAAAUGCCCAACUUCAAACUAACACAGCUAACAAUGAUCCAUACAAAGGUGGACUUCAGGUUGGUAAAAGUGGAAAGGUCCAACCUAUGAAUAUUACAAACAAAACUCAGCUUCAAGUUACUAAAGAUACAAAAGACACUGCUACAAGUAAUGAAGGAAACAUUCAAGCUAUUUCUAAUAGUGGUGAAAAAGGAGUAAUUGUAACUGUUGGAGGCAAUAUUCAGCCUAAUAGUGAAAAUAAACCUAUCAACUUUGGAAUUAAAGUUGAUCCUCAGAUUCGCAAAGUAAUCAAUCCUAAGAGUGAAAAAAAGAUUCCUGGGAAAAGAUUCAUAACUUAUACUGCAAAAAUGUUUGGUAAAAAAGCUGGAACAAGAUUCCAAACUUAUGGUGGAGAUAAAAGAUAUGAAAAUAUAACAGCUUCCAAUAACUCCCAAUACCAAACUUACAGGAAGUUUGUGAGUGGUGGACCUCAGAAUGAUCCAGAUGAAAAAUAUGCGAAGAUAUUUAGAAAAGAUGGAAAAGAUGUGAAGACAUUUUGGUGUGAUAUUUGCAAAGUGUUCUGCACGUCUGCUGUGAAUCUCCAAAUGCAUUUCCUUGGCAAUAAACACAAAAGGAUUGAAGAAGUCUUAAAAUGGAAUGUUGCUGAAGGAGUUGUUAAAAAGGUUGAGCUGCUACUAACAGAAACUACGGAGCCAAAAUCUGUGGAGAGGAAAAUUGUGGUGACAAAAACUGUGGAGAGGAAAACUGUGAAGCCAAAAACUGUAGAGAAGAAAACUGUGGCAUCAAAAAUACAAAUACCGACUACAGUGCUGAAACCCCUGGAAUAUUACCUCAAUAAAUUGAAGCUAAAGAGGGCCAUAGUUGGGCUGAACUAUGUGGUUGAAUACCAUCUUCAACAUUCAAAGAGACAAUUUGAGUGUGAACUCUGCCACCAUACAUCGGAUCUCUCUAUUUUUAUUCAACAUAUCAUUGGGAGUCGACACAUGCUGAGAUAUUUGAAAAGACGCCAUCCGGAUACUUUAAAAGGCCAAAAUUGGAUUCUUUGUAAAGCUGACUGUAAACGACUAAACAGAAAAGCAUUAGAAAUUGAAAAAUUGUAUGGAAGAGGAUCAGUAACUAUUGUCCGUAAGAAAGUCAUACCUAAAGUUAAUCAACAGAAUACUGCAGAACAGACGGCUGUGGAGUUGAAGCCUGAAGCAGAAAAAUCUGAAGCUGCUUCAGCUGCUGUGAAGCCUGAGCCAAAACCAGUGCCCUCUGAAUCCAUUCCAGCUGCUGUGAAGCCAGAGCCAAAACCAAUGCACUCUGAACCCAUUCCAGCUGCUGUGAAGCCUGAGCCAAAACCAAUGCACUCUGAACCCAUUCCAGUUCGAGUAGUUACUCGCAAGUUUCCUGCAUCAAAAAUUCUAGAAAAACAGAUCAAUAGUUAUGAUGUCAAAGAACGAAUAAUUGCUGCUGUGAAGCCUGAGACAAAACCAGUGCCCUCUGAACCCAUUCCAGUUCCAGUAGUUACUGACAAGUUUUCUGGAUCAGAAAUUCUAGAAAAACAGAUCACUAGUUUAAAUGUCAAGGAACCAAUAAUUGGGUUGGAUUUUUUGGUUGAAUACCAUUAUUUGGGACAAACAGAAACAAUGUACUUUUGCGAACUGUGCAAUUUUGAAUUGCCACUGCGGUGUAUUGUAUCACAUCUCUAUGGAAUGAAACACAGGAUUGGUUAUGUGAAACGGAGGCAUCCAGAUUUACUGAAAUUAAGUGCAACAAAACACAAAUUUAUCAUCAAAGAAAAUAUUUCAGAGAUCGAAAAGAGAGAUGGAAGAGGCAACGUUAGGAUUAUCUACGGUCAAAUUCAACAUGAAUAUAAUGAAAAAAGCACUGCUGUGAAAAGACCUGCUGCUGACUCAAAUAAGCAACCAGAUGCUAAGGUUCCACGACAGAGCUCGACCACUGAUAAACCAAACCAGAGCUCCAAAGAUGAAACGUCUCAACGUUUAACUUCUGAUUCUAAAACAAAAAAAUGUAAAAGCAGCUGUUCAAAAUGUCUUAGCAAAUUGAAAGACUCCAAAGAUUCCAGAGGUUUACAACGGGUUUCCUUGAGUAGCAGACAUGAGGGCGAUCGAUUGGAAAGGUCCAGUUCCUAUGAUAGAGCUGGAGCAAGUUCAAGCCAUUCUGGCCAUGGUUAUUCCUCCAGAGGUAAGCGAAUUGAAUUGGAUAGAUCCUCAAAGAGGAAAAGAAGUGAAAGCAGAAGCGAGAGAGACCGAGACAGAUAUUCAGACCGAUAUAUAUCGAGAAGGCAAAGCAAAUGGGAAUCUGAAUACAAUUACAAAAGAAGGGAAACAUUGAGUUGGAGCUAUCGAGAUGACCGAAGAUCUACUAGCAGUUAUAGUACAUCUGACAGUGAUGGCAGCACAUCUGAUAGUGAUCACAGAUCUUACAGUAAUCCCAGAUCUGAUAGUGGUCGCAGGUCUGAUAGUGACAGCACAUCUAACACAGAUUGCAAAUAUCAUGAUGAUGAAGAAAGGCAAACUCAUUAUCAACCAAAGGACAGCAUAAAAGGAGAGUUUAUAGAUUAUUUGAAACAUUUUCAUAUAAUAAGUGAUGUUGAUGCCAAGCAGGUGGAGGCUCUUAUGUAUAAACUUAGCAAUGGAUUGGUGGAAUAUCGUCAAAAACUCCAGAACAUUAAGGAUUCUGUAGAGAAAUCAAUCGGAGCUUUACAGAGUAGUGCAGAUGUUUCUGUGGUGCAAAAUACUGAUGGGUCAAGUUCUCAUAACGUUCUGACCCCAAAUCUGCUCAAGUCUUUCCACAAUAUGGAUGUGAGAGCAAUUACUGCUACCCUUACCAGGAUGGCUGAUAAUAAUCCAGCAUUUGAAGGUAUAAGGAUUUCAACUUUGGUGACUGUGCUAUUUAAGAUGGGUAUGCUUAGGAAACCACGAAAAAAACAUCAAAAGUGAUCUUUCCAGCUGUUCAUCUACAUAAUAUUUGGAUAUGUUGGGCAAUAGCCAUGAGAUUCAAUAACUGUUCACCUUUAAUCCUGUUUGUAUGGUUAGAUGUGGAAGAAACUUUAUUUUGUGUAAUCCACACUGUUGAAAUGGCUGUCUAGAUUUAUGUUUAGAUUUGAAAGACUAAACUGGCAAAUAUUGUUGAUUUGCAUUUUAGUUGUAGUAUACUUUUAAUUUUAUCUAUAAGGAUGCAGUUAAAGUUAACUGGCAUUUAUACUAGAUCCUUUUUUUACUGUAAUUAUUGUAUGGCGAGUGAGUAAUAAGAUACAAUAUCUGAUAUGACUGGCACUGUGUUUUCUAUAAAUGCUGAAAGUUUCGACAAGUAAAUGGUGCCAUCUUGCAUUGGUCUACAUGCAGUGGUUUGAACACUAACCAAGAAGAAAGUGUGCAACUGAUAAAUAGGUGCAUCUGUUAAAAACUUUCUUUGGUUGUAAUUGAUGUUUAAUUAACAUGAGGAGUUAAUAGUGUGGAUAAAUACCUUUUUUGAAGACUGGAGUAAUUUUUGUAAAUGUCAAAAUGUACAUUCUCUCCUAUUAAAUCUGUAAAUUUCUAAAACAUUGGUUAUACCUCUUGAUACAGGUGCCAGUCACUGUUUAGUUAGUCGAGUACUUGGGGUUCUAUAAUUUAGUGUAUGUGAAUAUUACAAGAUUAAAUGAGAGAGAUUUGUACAGAAUUACAACCCAAAGUGCAUGAUGUAUUUGGGGCUGGAAUUCCUCUCGCUUGGUAUGUAAUUCUUGGCCAUUUCUGAUGUGCAAUUAAAGUGAUGUUUUAAAUUAUAAUUCAUAUUUGUUCAAUAUGUUCUCAUUGAAAUUAAAGGAUGACAAAUUUUUAACAAAUAUCCCUCAUUCCAUGUCAUUUUGAUUGGAAAAUAAAGUUUUAGCUUUGAAGACAUAUGCUCUAAAUACUUCAUACAGUUGAUCAUGCUUCAUCCUUCCAUUGGGACUUGUUUAACUAGUUUAUUAUGACUGGAGAUUCUCAAAGGUUAGCUUGUACUUUUGAACAAUUACUUUCAGUCCACUCUUGUCCAUUGUCUUUGGACUUGAUUCUUAUCUUGAUUGUAAGAGAGGUAAGCACCUACUGGUAAAGCUCUGCACUUCCAGUUGUUCAAUGGGUGAGGGAGUGUCUGUCUGGAAAAUUGCAACCCUAAACCUGUGUCCUCUUCUGCUGUGUCGGUGCAUCUUUAAACAUAUUGUUCCAGGUUCACUUUUUGAAUGCCAUUUAAAAUCUUGCAUCUGUACCUCUAUAACAAGGUUGUCCAAUAUAUUACCCACAUGUGGCAAAUUGCGAAUCCAGAUUUGGUGAAAUUGCAUGAUUAGUCAAUAAAAAAUCAGUUAUAGACACCCUAAAUGGGCAUGUGAUCUCAGUACUCAAAUUUGCACGGAAUAUACAUUUGUACCAAGACCUUU